GAGCUGAUGAAUGCGGAAGAGGUGGAGGUCAGAGUUGAAUGUUUGACAGAAAGCUGAAUAUGGAUUCCAUAUUUCAUGAGAAACAAGAGGGCUCCCUGUGUGCCCAGCACUGCUUGAACAAUCUCCUGCAGGGGGAGUACUUCACCCCUGUGGAUCUGUCCUCCAUUGCUCACCAGCUGGAUGAAGAGGAGAGGAUGAGGAUGGCUGAGGGCGGCAUGGCCAGUGAGGAGUACCGGACAUUUUUACAGCAACCCUCAGGGAACAUGGAUGACAGUGGAUUCUUCUCGAUACAAGUUAUUAGUAACGCUCUGCGGGUGUGGGGCUUGGAGCUGAUCCUUUUUAACAGUCCAGAGUAUCAAAGGCUGAUGAUAAACCCGAUAAAUGAAAAAGCUUUCAUUUGCAACUAUAAGGAGCACUGGUUUACCAUACGCAAACUGGGACAGCAGUGGUUCAACCUGAAUUCACUGCUGACUGGACCGGAGUUGAUAUCGGACACGUAUUUAGCACUAUUCCUCGCACAGCUGCAACAGGAAGGUUAUUCCAUAUUUGUAAUCCGGGGAAAUCUCCCCGAGUGCGAGGCGGAGCAGAUCCUGGGGAUCAUGCGGGUCCACCAGCAGCAGCGGCCCAGACUCAUCGGGGAGGACGAGGCCCAGACCAGCAUGAGGUACGUCUCCGCAGCACGCCGGCGUCCCGAUCCAAAAGAACCGCUCACCCCGGUGUUUUCUGCCAGCAGGAUGUCGGCCUCUCAGGCGCAGACGGACGUGGGUUUUGUUGUGGAGGACGAGGACGAGGAGCUGAAGAGAGCUCUGGCGCUCAGCAGGCAGGACAUGGAUGUGGAGGACGAAGAGGCCGACGUUCGGAGAGCCAUUCAGCUCAGCAUGCAGGGAGCCGUGAUGAGCAACUCGUCUUCGGAGUGCGAGGUUUUAGGUGUGAAGUCCAGCAGCGCUGAUGAAGGACCAAAAGUCCAGAGCGAGACGCUGACAGCGGAGGAGCUGAGGAAGAGGAGACAGGCCUACUUUGAACGGCAGCAGCAACAAGCUCAGCCAAACAUUCCCCAACAGCCAGACACAAAUCCAGGAUCAGCAAACACCGGCUCAGAGGAAGACCAACAGCAAGAGUCCAGCCAGUGAAGUUGUGAAAAGUUUGUGUUGUUUACCAGCGGCCUGGACUGGAACCCCUGCCUGGGGGGAGCUUCGCUCCCUCCUCUAACCUUUUGCAUAUGCAAACAUAAGGACGCAAGGACACGGUUUCCUGUGUUGGUUCACUGACUGACCACAGAGACGAGAAGAAGAGGCAGCACUUUGGUGCGACUGGGUGAAGCGCUCGGGCUCCAGCGGACUCAUGAUGCAGUAAAUCCAAGAUUGCAAUUGCCUUUUUUACCAUGGCGCCUUCUUUUCUAUUGUAUACAGUUUUUUUUUUUUAUUCCAGUUCUUCUGUUUUUUUUUGUUUUUUUUUAGGAAGACCAGGAAAGACAAAAAAAAACAUGCAAGAGUUGGAGGUUAAAAGGAAAAAAAAAGUAAGAGGCAUUCUAUGAAAGCCAUACGAGACCAAUGUUAUGGACAGAAAAAGGCGAUGACAAACUCUCCCGCGUUUGGUUUGUGGAACAAAGAAAUGAUUAGGAGGCCUAAUCCAUCACAACUCCUUUAUAGUCUGAAAUAAUCCAUCAAUUUCUCACCGCACCAAAGUGUCUUUUGGUCUGAAACACUAACGUCUGUGGAUUGUUUAUUCCUGAUCUGAGUGAUAGUUUUAUUCCCAGAACACAGUUCAUCUUCAAUGUUUUCACUUUAUUCCUUUCUUUAAAUGUACGAGUAGACAUUAAACAAAUACAAGGGUCCAGUGUGGACAGUUUUUUCUACAAUGUUCCAUUAGAAUUUCACAUAAAGCACUUAGUGAGCUAAGAAGAAAAUACUUUGUUAUAUUAUUAUUUAGAUUAUACAGCUACCAAACUACUUGCACAAAUUUGACCAUCUAAGUAGCAUAAAGUUGAAACCAGAUGUUAUAAUUUCAUCAAAUCUUUUAUCUUUUAGGUCAUUUGGGACAAAAACUAUUUCCUAAAUGCAACAAUAACGAGAUAUUUCAGUAUCUAUUUUCAUCUAAGAAGUUUCUCAACAUAGAAAUAUUUUCUAUGGCACUGAAAUCAGGAAUCAAAUGUUUUCUUAUCCUGAAUCAACACAGCAAACAUACAAAAUCCUAAGUGUUUUUGUCUAGUUUGUAGAGCAAAUAUUUUACUUGAAACCAACUUACAAGUAACUAUUUAACAAUAUAAAGCACUUUUUCUUUUAGAGUAAAUAAUUCCUUAAUGUUAAUGGAAAUGUACUAAUUCUCACUUUUAGCAUGAGAAAAAUGUCUAGUUGUAAGUGAAAUAAUCUGUCAGUGGAACUUGGACUUUACUCAAUCAAUAUCAAAGAGUUAUUUAUUUUAAAAAGCUCCUAUUUCUAGCUAGAGUUACUUUUAAAUUAUUUUUGUCUUAUUUCAAGUGUAUUAAGGUAUUUGCAGUAGAAACCAGUCUAGAAAUACUUGGUAAUGUUUUGUGUUUUUCACAAAAUCUUAUUUUUUCUUUAAUUUCUUCAGCAAAUUUCAAAUAAGACAAAACUAACUUUAAAAUAAUACUUUUAAGAUACAGAAGAAACUAUUGUUUAAGACAAUAAUUUCUUUAUGUUAAUGAAAAAGUACUGGUUCCACUGUGAGUUUUUACACCCUGGAGAAAAUGUCUUGUUAUAAGUUAACUAAUAAUUUUUUUAAUCGAUAUUCAGUAAUUAUUGGCUUGACCAAAAAAUAUCCCAUGUCCAAUGUUACCUGUAGAAAAGUUACUUAUAAGAUAGUUUUGUCUCAUUUCCAGUGGAAUUCAAUAUUUUCAGUUGAAACUAGACAAAAAUACUUGGGAAUAUUUUGUGUUUUUGAGGUGUUGUCCAUUUGGAAAACCCACAAACACAAAAUAUUACCAAGUAUAUUUUUCAACCUUCCUGUGCAAACAUUGUAUCACACUUAAAAUAAAACAAAACUAGCUAAAAAAAUAUUAUUUUAAGAUAUUGGAGCUUGUUCUAAGUCAAUUUUCUAAUGGAAAAAGUGCUGUUUCCACUAGCAAAGUUUUCUAUAACAUGACGAAAGUCUCCUUUUGAGAAAUAAUUUUUUUAAUCAAUAUUCAAUAAUUAUUGACUAGGGGGGGAAAAAAAGCUUCUAUGUCUUAAAAAAAGUUACUUGUAAGUUAGUUUUUGUCUCGUUUUCACCAAAACUUCUUGCAGUUUUAUUUUCUGGUGUCUUUUUGCUUUGAGAAUUCAACAUGGUGCCAUCUGUGUGAAGCGCACCGGUCCCUCCGCCAACAAAAAAAAUGUAAAAAAAUCCCACCACAUGUUGGGAUUAUAUCUGAAUCUUUCCCCUUUUCCUCCAAUAUGUCAAAAUAUACAGACAUGUCAAACUGUAAUCUGGCUUUUCGUGUUGCUUUUGGAGGAAUUACUUCUUCCAGCCCAUGUUGUUAAAUUCUGUUUAUACUUUCAUAACAGCUUCAGUCACAAAUAUUACCAGAUUACACGACUCUCCAGAUUAUAGAACCCGACUUCUGCCUAAUUAUGAUGAAUGCUGGAUAUUUUUAUGCAACGUUUGACAAAAUAACAUCUGGAAAUCGUACCGAAUGAUAAAACCAGACGUUUUGAGAUCCGCAAGUCGCUUUCUUCAUUGGGUUUUAUUUUCUCCUGGAGUCACAUAAGGAAGCAGAACGUUUGCCUUAAAAUGCUUAUGUAGUUGUGCUUCCUGGUGGCUUAAAUGUUGCAAAGUAAGCUCACAGAUGCUUCUGGGAUUUUCCAAAUUGCUUAAAUAAUUGAAUUAUGUAGCAAGUAGAAAUAAAUGUGGUUUUCCUAACUGACCUAAAACAGUAAAAGACGGAUUUGAUUUGGUUUCAUAUCUGGUUUUAACUGCCUUUCACUGAUACAUCGGUUAUUAUUGAGGUUGCCAAAGUCCUUGAACGUCAUGUGUUUAUAACUAAUUAUUAAACUCCUCAAUCUGUUAAGCUGAGAAAUCAAACAUCAGAAACAUUUGGCAGGUCUGGAAACUAUGUUGUAGUUUAUUGCUGGUCUAAAACUAUAACCAUGCUGAGUUUUAUCAGGCUGUUUUUUCCUGAACAGACCACAUUAAAACCGUUUGUUAAGAGUCACGACAUCUGGACACAAGAACAAGUUUGGAGGUCAUGCAAAGUAAAGAACAUGCUGUGCAGAUGUGAUGUUUUCACUGUUGCUUGUCAGGAUUGGCUGUAUUUUUUUCAUUUUAAAUGCACUUGUGUCAGAGUAUAAAACCUGUUUUUUUUUCUAAUUUUGCAUUGUUUUCAAUCACUUCUGUUGUGUUUGUUUCAUGUUGCGAUACACAUUCUUUCAGUUAAUAUAAUUGUCAGUGUUGCAAGAUUAAAGUGAUAUUAACUCAC